UUGUCUCAAAUUAAGUUAGUUCGAGAUAAUCGAAAAAAACCAAAUAUCAUUAAACCAUUUUCUGAAAUUACAAAUCGAAUGCAAAUGAUACGAUGUAGAAGUUUUAGUACAAGCAGUUUAGCUAGUAUUGAAGAUCAAAUAAAACAACAUUUUUCUGCUAAAGAUGAUAUUACAAUAAAUGAAUUAACAUUUACAGUAAAUAAUUCAAAAUAUCGAAUUAUAUAUCAAUCUAAAAAUGAUGAUGAAAUAAAUCGGCAAUUAGCUAUAGUAUGUGCUUUAGAUCAUAACAGAAUCUCAAGAUCUUCAUAUCGUGCACUAGCAGCAAUAUGUCAAGACUUACCUUGUGAUAGAGUUAUUUAUGAACAA